CAAAUCGGGGUCCUCUUCUGGCGUGGUAUGCCUGGAUUCGGGGGGAAAGCGCGCCUCACCUUGUGAGAAAACUACACUUCUCCAGGAUUGGUCACCCAGCGUUAUCUAAGUUACCCGAUGAAAAAAUCAAAAAGAUCGACGAUUUAAUCGUCAGCCAUGGUGCGCGCGACUUCACACUGCUGGAGUGUCCCAGACGCGAUGAGGGACCGAGUGGACCGUAUUUUCAUCCAAAUAUUCUCAAAUCAACCCUCGCAAGUUGGCAAAGUCUGGGGUGGGAGUCGCUGCCAGGCUCGCGUCUUUUGGCCGACAUUUGGUCAAAGAAGCAACACUUGGUUCUUGAUUCAAGACCACCUGCCUGAGGACAGACUCCUGCCUCUGUUUGUCUGGCUGGUAACAGCGGACGACGAAACCCCAACAGGCAGAUUCGGCUUCAGGAUCCGAAGCUGGCCGAUUGGCGUCCACCUUGGGCCUCCACUACCCUUUUUGCGCAGUUGCCUCUGGGUCUUUCUAAAGAGCCGAGAGCUCUUUAUCUUCAGAUGAACUCGGGAGCCCAACGUAACAGCCGCUCCAUCAAAGAAGGAACGGGCAAGAGCAGCCAGGUCGGCGGCCUCAGCACCUACAUCCUGGCCGACUGUUGCCAGAAUCGAAGACCAAAACAGGUGGGGAGCGGCAAAGGCAGGAAGGAGCACUCAGCCAUUACCCACAUCGUGCGACAGGCAGCUCUUCGUCUGAAGUCAAUCUCGGGCACCGGUAAAAGCUUCGGACGAAUGAAUGUCCCUGAAUUGACGGGAUUGUGUUGAGGAAGGAGCAUACAAGAAGCGGCAUUGAAGAGUGCACCCCUGGUCCCUUGAAGAAGAGAGGUGGGGAUGUUGGCAAAGCCAGGUCUCAGGGUAUAAACGAGGUCUCCAGUGCACAUCAACUCCAAUUCCCCAGCUUGCCUUAAACAACCAACACAACCGCCCACACAAUCGUCAACACCGACCGGCGGCGAUCCAACAACCAGACGCGCUUUCUUAUUCCGAUCAACAUCGUCAUCAUGCUUUCCAAGACCAUUCUGACCAUCGCUGCCGCCCUGGCCGUCCUGGCCCAGACUGCCCAGGCCUCGCAGGCCCCUAUCCCCGGCUACGGAGUCGUCGACAUCCAGUUCGACCUGCCCAUCUACCCCGGUAACGCCACCAGCGAGACUGUGCCCAUCAUCGGUACCAUUGAGCAUGCCGUUGCCCACAUGGAAGCUUUAUACCCCGGUUGGAACCAGUCUUUGUUCAAGCUGCCCAGUCAGCGUCACUUUGUCUAUGAUGACUCCGACCGCAACAUCAUCCCCGAGAGUUUCAACUGCUGGGGCAGAUGGAAGGGUUGCUCAUGGUCGGCCAUUGCGAGAGGAAUCGACUACCUCUGGCAACUUCCCAUUUACCCUAUGCCUACCAACGGCCCUGGACCUGGCAACUGUGGCAGAGUCAGCUGCAGUUACGACUCCGCCAUCUGGUGGUGCAAUGAUAACGACUUUUCAAAGACUGUGAGAUGGAUCAACAUCUCCGCGGGGGCCGAAUACAUGAACGGGGCCUUUGGGAGCUUCUGGGGCAACAAGGGGAAGUGUGUGGACUCAGAUGAUGGCGCCUGGCAGAGCGCGGGUCAGGCGUUCUACCCGGGGAAUUUCAACGUCAUCCUCAACGCUGACAAGUGCUGA